AUGAGCCUAGCUCCACUAUCUCCAGCCGACCAAGACGUUGAGAACUUAUCUCCAGUCGACCAAGACUUUGAGAACUUAUUCUACAUAGGACAACCUACCGAAGAAGACCUAAAUGCCAUCUUGAAGCAUUUCGACGAUACGCCUGAUAUCAAAAUCCCACCAAAGCCAUACAACACCGCUUUGGAGGCUGCUUCCCACAUAGACCAUGGUGCGGAUCUGCAGUUCAGAAAAAAGUGCGAUAGAGAGUAUAGGUCCCCUCUCGACGUUGCAUGGAAAGAAGGCUCCAAGGAGGUAGCGACAGAGUUAUUAAAGCGUCUUGAAGACCCCCAAUAUAGGGGAACAGAGGUCCACAGGGCACUCUGCAUUGCUUCUGAGGUUGGAAACAAAGCCCAAGUCGAGGCGCUACUUCAGAAGGUAACAGACGUGAAUUACCAAGACGAUGCAUACGGCCCUGCCUUGGGUGAAUAUGCAGCCUUACCACUUCGGAAGCCCUCUGACAGCCGCUAUUGA